AUGACUAAGGCAAAGAGUACAUCCAAAAGCCAGAAUCAUGGUGAUGCAUCUAGCAGGAAGAGGUUCAAGACUAGUGACAACGGUGGUGGGGCACCUUGGUCAGAUCUUGACUAUCAUUUGCUUUGUUUAGUUAUGAUGCAACUUGGAGCCUUUGAUUUUCUUGCUUUUAGCGCAGUUUGCAAGUCAUGGAGGUCAGUUGCACUCUCUAACAAAACCAGAUUUAUGGCAUCCAGACCACCCAUGGCAAUAUGGAUCACUAAAUGUGGUAAUAAGAAAGAGUACUGUGUAGAGGACUUUGAAGGAAGAAAGUCCAAAAUGCUCCUUCCCCAAUCUGAUGGAAAGACCUGUGUUGGAUUAACUUGUGGUUACUUGGUCUUGUUCGGGAGGAGAAGUCAUGACUUUUGGCUUGUGAAUCCUAUCACAAGGCAUGGACUUCAUUUUCCUAAUGCCCCCAGUAAAGUCUCUCCUAAUCGAACAGGAGUUAGGGCUUUCCUAGUCUUUUCAUCUUCAAGAUCUGCGUGGGUGUUUGUGGUCUUACGCAGAUAUUCCUUUAAAUUAUGGUUUUCAAUUGCGGGUGAAGGAGAAUGGAAUUAUGUUUACUGUAAUUAUCCCAUCCGUGAUUUACAUGAUUUCAAGGGGAAGAUAUAUGCCAUAGACGCUGAUUCUUUUGUUCAUGAAAUAGGACUCGAUCCAGAGCCCAAACUGACAUUACUCAAAACCAAGAAUUUUCUGGGCUAUGGCUUAGAGUUUUUGGAGUUUGUAUGCACGGAUGAAAACCUUUAUGCUAUGGAAUGCUUUCCUGACACUAAGUUCAAGGUUCACGAACUAGAUUUUGGGGAAAUGAAAUGGGUGUCUCCAAAAAAAGAGACAAUGGAAGAAUAUGCCUUUUUUGUUAGCGGCUUGAAGCAUAGUGCUGCUAUCAAACGAGAGUUGUUGUCCGACUCUUGGUUGCUUUACAAGAGAAAUGCUUAUAGUGAUACAAGUGGAAACGGUGUGUUCUUUACUGCCGACACAUGGUACUUCCCAAAUGAUUGUUUGAAAGUGAAAUCUCAUCAUAUAUGA